GUCAACAAACAUGGAGGAGUAUGCCCGCGAGCCUUGCCCCUGGAGGAUAGUGGAUGACUGUGGAGGAGCUUUCACCAUGGGGGCCAUCGGAGGAGGGGUUUUCCAGGCAGUGAAAGGUUUUCGAAACGCCCCGGCUGGGGUUGGACACAGACUGAGAGGAAGUGCAAACGCGGUGAGAGUUAGAGCUCCUCAAAUCGGAGGUAGUUUUGCUGUCUGGGGAGGCCUCUUCUCCACCAUCGACUGUGGUUUAGUUCGUCUGAGAGGGAAGGAGGAUCCAUGGAACUCAAUAACAAGUGGCGCCCUCACCGGGGCCAUCCUAGCAGCACGCAGUGGUCCGAUAACCAUGAUGGGCUCCGCGAUGAUGGGGGGAAUCCUGCUCGCUCUCAUUGAGGGUUUUGGUAUUCUCCUGACUAGAUACACAGCACAACAGUUCCAGAACCCUGUUCCCUUUGCAGACGACCCCAGUCAGCUCCCUCCCAAAGACGGAGACCAUCAGCAGCAGGCUUCAAAGGGGCUUUUUCACUAGAUAACGUCUGAAGACGCAGGGAAUCGGAGCGGGUCGCAAUGAGAAGAAAACGCCACUGUUAACAGGAGACUAUGGUCACUACAGUGUUGAAAAGUAGCUGCACUUUGUUAUCGUACCUCAGGGGUCAGAUAUUGUUAUUUAGAGAUUAUGACUGAAAUCUGAUGUUCUUAUAUAGUCUAAUUUUGCAUUUUGUUUCAUGUUUGUUUUCUUUCAUUACUGUGAAUUUCUUUUUUUAGGGAGAGCUGGCUUAUUUGCAUUUGCUUUGUUGGAUAGAACAAGUAUGAGAUAUGCUUCUAUAGCUGCUGUAAAUCCUACGGAACCUACCCAUAAUCUGCUGUCCACUUCUGCUCAGCAGAUUAUCCUCUGGACCUGUUCAUGAAAAACAAAAGGAGUGUGCAGUGAAGCUCCUAUCCUAAAGG